CAGUUCGACCCAUCGUGACUUGUUUCAACUCUCCCUCUUCUCUCUCUCUCCGCCAUCCCUCCCCGGCCGCUGACCCCCGUCCCCCGUCCCUCGUCCCUCGUCCGCAUCCCCCGCGGCGAUCCAUUGCUUCGCUUCCCAAACUCCAGAAGACCGUCCCGGUGGCCGCCCACGUGAAUUCCCAUAUCCCCGUUCCUGCCAAGCCCAUCUACAAUUCCCAACGACCUCAGCAGCUUCGGUUUUGCCUGUCCUUGUUGCGGUGCACCCGCGAGCUGUGCUCCUCGGGCCCCUUCCCUCGUACAUCACCGCAGCCAUGGCCGACAAACUUGAUCCAGCCGAGUUCGUCGAGCGGAUCCGCCAGCUGGGCGAGCAGCGCGACCAGGAAGACGAAAACAGGGUACGCAGGCUCGAGGAGGAGAUUAUCCAGGGUCGCAGCGAGAGACUAGCGCGGCGAGCAGAACGCGCCCGCUCCCUCUCCCCCGAAAAGCCCACCCCACCGCAACAGACACCGCGGAGCUCGCACGCACAGCCCAGGAGGCAAGAUACAAAGGAAGAGGGGACUCCUAAACUGUCCGACACUCCUACCCCAGUCAUGGAACCUUCUUCAUCGCAGCAGGCCGCUCGAGAUGCCUCGCUCCAGCGCCUGACGGGCUCCAACCCAGCGCAAGCCCUCGAGGACCUCGAACCGAAGAAGCCCACUCCAAGUGCGGCCGCAUUGGGGCGCUCAGGCACCCUCUCGUGGCAGCGGAGACCGCAAUCGGGCACGGGCAGCAUACGGAGACCUCUGUCAGGAAUGUCAACCUCGACGUCUCCCGACAGGACAUCCUUUCCCCCACCGCAACAAGAGCCUUCAGAACCCUCGUCUCCCGCCGCCUCCCCGACGCCUUCCAGAGCCCAAAUCGCCCAGUCACUGAGCAGCAAGGACCCUACAUGGUUUAGACAGACGCCUGAUCGCGGUAUUGGCUCUGCAGCGUACCGGCGCAACCAAGACGAGAAUCUCUCAGACAUAGGGUCAAUAUCUACGCGAAGGCAAUUGCCGGGCAUGCCCUCUACCGCCAGCGCGGAUCGCGAUCUUGCAAGCCCACCUCCGGAAACACCGCGCUCCGUCUCCCCUUCGCGCGCCAGUUCCGUUCGAGGAAGCGCAGCGUUCAGCAACCGCUUCUCAACGAAUACAUCCAUUUCGGGCGGCGAUGCAGAGACCGUAGCCAAAACAAGGUCCCCGCUUCCAGUUCUCGACUCGCAGAAGUUUGCCCCGCCUUCGGAGCAAGGCACGCCCGUUGACGGCGGAGACCACGCCGGCUCUCCGCGCACUUUGGCCAUGUCCCCGACGCAAGGGAGGAUAUCUCCCGAGCGGACAGACCGCCCUGUGUCUCCAACAAAGGGAAUGGGCGGGUUCGUCCAAAGCGCCAUGCUCAAGCGCAGCGACAGUGUGAGCAAGAGAUGGAGCACGCAGACUCCUCAGCCCCUAAAUAGACAGAACUCUACAAUGAGCAAUCGAGUCAGCGUUGCGUUGGGCGGAUAUGGUGCAGCGUCCAGAAUAGAGAGACCCAGCAGUUUGAGCAGGGAUAACUCUAUCGAGCCCUCCUCGCGUCCGGCGUCAAGCGCCAGCAACAUCACCAUCACGAAAGGCCUGGGAGAAACGGAUCCCAAGAAGGACACAGAUUUCGCUCGUCCCGCCCUGCCACGACAUAGUCGAAGCAAAUCCGUCGCAUCGACAUUCAGCGAGGACAACCGGCCCCACGAUGACGCCGACCCUCCGAGCCCUGCCAAACGCUGGAGUCCCACAAAGUCGAGCUGGCUAGAAAGCGCGCUGAGUAAACCCGAAUCCCCGAAACCGAAACAGCCACCGCCUCAGCAGCCGUCAUGGAUGGCCGAGAUUAAUCGGAAGAGGCAGGAAAAGGGCAGCGUGGACAUGGGGAAAAGUAACCCGCUGCAGAGCCCGCCGGCAGACAGUAGUGCCUCAGGGAGGAGCUCGCCUAUCAAGGAGGUGCAGUUGAGGCCUGUUAGUGCACGCAUAGCUGAAGGUUUGAAACGAGCGGACGUUGCGGAGCCUGCGAAAGAAUCGCCAAAGCCUAAACCUAUACUAUCGCCUAAACCAACAGCUGCCGUGAGGGAUGAACCUGCGCCCGAAAAGCAGCCAGAGGAGGAGCCCAAACCAAACGACGUGCCCAAGGAGAUGUGCAACCCGAAAGAGGAGCCACAAGAGGAGCAGCAACCGGUGAGCACGAAAGAGUCAACGGCAGCUCAGAUCACACAGACACCUCCAAAGCCAUCUUCAUUAGCUUCUGCAACCAUCAAGAAAACCACAGCUGCUCCACCCACAACAAAAUCCAAACCGGAUACACCACCCAAGAAAGACUUCCGCGCAGGCUUGCGAUCGCGGCAAGUUGCUCCUGAACAGCCAAAGAGCGGCUCGAACGAACUCUCCGAGUUCCAGAACGUGUUUGGCCGGUUGAAGAAGGCCGAGACGAAGAACUAUGUAGCACCGGACACUCUCAAGGACAACAUCCUUCGCGGAAAAUCAGCACUAGCAGUAUCUGGUGGACCUCAGCCUUCCGCCCGAAGAGAUGAGUUCAGGGACAGUUUGGUCUCCAAGAAGGCCGCCAUGUUGGCCAAGGCGCAAGAGAACGGCUCAGCAGCUCUGAAGAAGCCAGACAUACCCGCUUCAAAUCCUACCACGCCCGAGGCAAUAGCAAAAAGGAAGCUGCUGGGGAGGUCGGACAGCAUCAGCAGAGUACCCCCGCCAAAGGAGCCUGAGCCUGCGCCCAUUCCCGAAGCACUGACCCGAAAGAAGAGUUUGCGUUCCCCAGAGCUUGACGUGGCUGAAAAGAAGGCUGAAUCACCACCAUCGCUGUCAUCUGUUCAAUCCGCAAAGCCUAGCAAGCUGGCAGAUCGGUUUAACCCUGCGCUAGCUGGCUUACUUGCCCGUGGCCCUCCCCCCAUGGCCACGGCGCCUUCGUCAUCCCCGUCAUCUCAAGACAGCCCUCAAGGAUCAAACACGAGAGCAGUAGCAGAGGAGAAGGCUGGCCCUGCUCCUGAAUUGACCCACAUGACUAAGGGGAGAGCAAGGGGUCCAAAGAGGCGGGCUCCGGCUGCGAAGCAAGCGGCGAAGGAGAAGGAGCCAGUGACUCCACAGAAGGUCGCGCCUGUGGCUACCAGUCUGCCGAAAACCACGGAGUUCCGAAAUUCGAGCGCCAGCCUAAAGGAUGCAAAAGCGAUACAGGAAGAGCCAGCGGCAAAGGUUACUUCGGCGCGGGAUUCGAUCAAGUCGAAACCGGAAACUCCGACCAAGUCGCAUGAGCUUUCGAGAAAGAUAGAGAAGGUUGAAACACCUUCUAAGUCCCCGGAGUUACCAAGGAAGGCUGAGAAACCGGGUACUCCGUCCAAAUCACACGAAGUGGCACGAAAGCUUGAAAUCUCAGACACAUCCUCCAAGUCUGAAGUUUCCAAGAAGGCGGAGAAGUCCAGCUCGCCUGACGUGCCCCGGAAGAAGCCUUCUCUGGAUCUGAUAAGAAGAGUCUCCGGCGACGUCAAACAACCUUCGAGCGGGUCUAGCACAGAGAAACCGCAGUCACCCGUCCCCUCUCCGAAAGCUGCUGCGACUUGGAGAGCCUCGAAACCGCUGCCAUCUCCACCAGCGACAUCCGAGGCUGCGAAGCCGACGCCUGGCCUGCAGGAAAUACCCACGUCGAACGGCGAUGCAUCUCCCACGAAGGAGGCUGACACCUCUUCUCGAUUCUCGGUAAAGAACGCUACAGCACUGUGGGGCCGGCAAUCUGCUACUUCAUCCUCAACCGCUACACGAACCAGGUCCCCCGUAAAGCUACCUACAAGGGCAGAUGAGCAAAAAGCAAUGGAGGAGGCUGGGCUCAGCCGAUCUGAGGAAGUGACUGAAAAGCCACAACCCAAAACCGAGGCGCGCACAUCCAAUCCUGUAGGCCUUGGUCUAGGGAGUUUCGCGAGCAGUUUCGGCGGACUGGUUGGAGCCCGGUCAAGGGAAUCGAGCCCACCCAAAAUAGAGGCGCCCAAGACCUAUCCCAUAUCCCCUCCCGCCAGUGGCAAUCGUCCGAAAUCCGAACCCUUCGAAGCGCCCCCCAAGCCCGCACCCGGUUCCACAGAAGAACUGCUCGCCCAAUUCUUCGACGAGCCGCCCAUAACCACGGGCGAACUCCCCUCGCACAUCGACACGACGCACAUCCUCAAGUCCCCGCCCCUCGACCUCAGCCCCAGCGCCAAAAUCCGCUCCCUCCGCAGGCAAAUGCAAGAAAUCACGGGCGAUGGCAAACUCCUCGCCAUCCCCCCGCAGGAAGAACACGUCCUCUUCCAAGACUCCAUGUACCUCUGCACGCACACCUUCAGCGACUCCAAGGGCGCCAGACACACCGAAGUUUAUCUCUGGGCUGGUAACGGGGUGGCCGACCCCACGCUCGAAGAUGCACAGCUCUUUGCCCGCACGACGGCGAAGCAGAACCAGGCGAAGUUGCUGGUGCUACGGCAGGGAAAGGAGACGCCGAAUUUCUUCGAGGCGCUCGGGGGGAUUGUGAUUACGCGCCGGGGGUCGCGGCCGGGGAAGAGCACCGAGUAUAUGCUCUGUGGGCGGAAACAUCUAGGACACAUCGCUUUUGACGAGGUGGAGUUUAGUCUGAAGAGCUUGUGCUCUGGGUUCGCGUAUAUUGUCCCCACGCAGAGCGGCAAGGUGUUCAUCUGGACGGGAAGAGGGUGUUCGGCGGAGGAGGUAUCCGGCGCACGACUCAUCGGGAUGGAUCUCCUCGCCAACGGCGACCUGGACGAGAUUGAGGAGGGAAAAGAGCCGCAGGCGUUUUUGGAUGCGUUUCCUCCUGCUGAGGACGCCGGGUCCGCGAAGAAGGGACCGGCGAUUCCCCGCUCGGCGGAUCACUGGCGGUAUAAAGCGAGUUGCGACAAGUACCGCGCGAGGCUGUUCAAGGUGGAGCAGUAUCAAACUGGCUCGGGAGGAGCAGGAGGGUCCGGCUGGGGCCAGAGUCUGCAGGUGAGCUCUUUCUUUGCGCCGCUGCUGAGGAGGCCGUCGUGGCAGGGAGCCGCAGCAGUAGCACCACCGUCCAACCCCGUCGUCACGGCAUCCGGAACCCUACACGCCGCGAAGGCAAAUGCUGAACAGAGGCCGCAGACGCCUGUCACGCCCAAGAGCCCGAUGAGUCCCGGAGGAGGGAUUACGACAAAGGUGGUGGAGAUUAUGCCGUUUGUGCAGCGCGAUUUGGAGCCCGAGGGGGUCUAUGUGCUGGAUGCGUUCUUCGAGGUGUACAUCAUCCUCGGCCCCCUCACCAGCGCGCAACCGCACGCCUUCGCCACGGCCCUCCUCUUCGCGCAGGACUACAGCAUCCUCGCCGUGUCCGAGGAAGAUAGACCCUUCCUGCCCGUCUGCACCGUCGUGCUCGAGGGCGUGCCCCGCGACAUGAAGGCCGUGUUUCGCUUCUGGGACGACGCGUACGUGCCUGCUGGGGGACUGAUGAGGGGGAGGUUGGGCAGGGGCAAGAGUCUGAGGGUGUUGGGGUUGGAGAGGGCGUUGAGGGUUACGAGAGGGGGAGGUAGGUGAAUAUUUCUCGGUGGGGGUUCUUGAACAGGAGGAAUGGGGGCUCUGGUUUUUGUGGGCGUGGUGGGUGAGUAGGUAGCAUGGCAUGGCAUGGCAUGGCGUCGCAGGCAUUCUGCACCUUCUUCCAUUGUAGUUAUGAUCUCCUUGGCGUGUUUCUGCAUGUACAGUAUAUGUGGGAUAUGCUGUGUCUCCUGUCCUGCUCGGGCCUACUCUGUUUUCCGCUUUGCUCGAUUUUCCGGCAUGGGAUCGGAUGGCGUGCAUGGUUACAUGGUAAUUCGAUCGGUGAUGGAUGAUACCUAUCGUAUUGUAUCCCUACGGUUAUUCAAAAACUGCUGACGGCUCAAAUAGCCUGCAACUCAAUGGGAGAAAUGUAGAAGUC